AUGCCCAGAGUGGAGGAUUGUGGAUGGAAGGUCACAUGGUGGGAAGAUAAACGGUGGAAAGAUAAACUUUUUAUUGGAUUAAAAAAUGAUGAUGAUAUCAAAAAUCAAGCCAUCCAGUUUAAGAAAUCUAUUAACGAUCAACCGCUUAUAGUGAAAGAUACAUGUGAAAAAAUUGAUGAAGAUCAUGAAUAUGAAAGAUUAUUUGAUGAAUUCAUUCAAUAUGAUGAUGUAUUAUGA